CCUCGGGAAUUAAGAAGCUUCUCUUUUCCUUGCAAGUCUUGGACCAUUGAAGUGGUGUCCGAUUUUAAGUCUUGGACCAUUGAAAAGAUGAGCCCACGCACCAACUUAAUUCUAGGCUUCUAGCUCAGACCAAAAUUAAAUACCCCGAAUGAUGUUUAACAGUUAACGCUUAACACGAACAAAAUUCACAUUGUUUCUGUACUAAACAUAUGCACAAACAACAUUUUCCAUGUAUACCAGCACUCCACAAGCAAAACUAUGUUAAAAAAAAAAAACAGCAAAAUGGAACUCCGAAGCAUGUUCCACAAUUCAAGAUAACACACAAUAUUACAGAAAUCCCAUGGGCAGUUGUUAUGCACAUUCCACCAAGAUCCUAACUCCUUCCCUCAAGUACACCUACUUUUUGUUUUCUUCCUGCCGAUUAACCUCCUCAUCAUCGUAAUACUCUUCAAAAUAUUCUUCUUCGCUAUCAUCAUCAUAGCUAGUAAUACUCAUCAGAGUCGACAUCCUCACCAUCCUUGCCAUUAGAGAGAGAGAAGCUAGCUAAUAGUUCGCUAGUAGCAAAAGAGUUGUCGCAUUUACCCCCUACGUUAACUCACCAUCUUAUGACAACCUUCUUCAAACAUCUCAAGAAUUCCAGCAACCCGAAUAUCAGCAUUUUCAACCCAUUCAUUGCGUACAUACUGGCAGACUUUUUAAUAAAGGAGAAUGGUAAAGUCCAUGGCACUGCAGUGAUGCAGUCUGCAAAUAUAGAAACCGUACACAAUUCAUCAACAUCUAUCUGAUCGAGCUGGAGAGUACUAACAUUAACAUACACCCCGCAUCAGAAUCCUCUCCUUUCCAUUAAGUUGAUCUUCAAUUGAUUCUAUCUGUUGUUGAAUCAUCCAAAGAUGAACAAAGGUUUUGGAAAGAAUUGGUUGACAGUAGGUAUAUUAUUAUUUCUGUUGUCAAUUCUGGUGGUUCCAAGCUCAGUUGUGGGGGAGUGCACAUGCGAAGAGGAAGAGGAGAAUGAAGGUGGUGAGGAAGCAGCAUUGGCUCUGAAAUACAAAAUAGCAGCUUUGGGUACGAUUCUGGUGGCAGGUGCAAUCGGUGUAACCAUUCCAACGCUGGGGAAGAUCAAAAGCUUCUCUGCCUUGAGUCCAGAGAGGGAUUUCUUCUUCUUGGUAAAGGCGUUCUCAGGAGGGGUAAUAUUGUCCACUGCUUUUAUACACGUCUUGCCCGAUGCUUUUGAGAAGCUAACAUCUCCCUGCCUCAAGGAACAUCCGUGGGCAGAUUUUCCUUUCACGGGAUUCGUGGCCAUGUUAUCCGCAAUUGCUACGCUCAUGGUUGAUUCUCUUGCUACUGCGUAUUUUGGUCACACUCACAAGAUAGAGGAGGGAGUAGAUCACGUGCAUCUUCAUACUCAUGCAACUCAUGGUCAUUCUCAUGGUUCCGCUUCUUCGUCAGACUCCACACAACUCCUUCGUCAUCGUAUUAUUUCUCAGGUGUUAGAGCUAGGAAUUGUGGUUCAUUCUGUGAUAAUCGGGAUCUCGUUGGGAGCAAGUGAGAGUCCAAAGACCAUAAGGCCUCUAAUUGCUGCCUUAACUUUCCAUCAAUUCUUUGAAGGCAUGGGCCUUGGUGGCUGCAUCUCGCAGGCAAAAUUCAAUAGAAGAGCAGUUGUAACAAUGGCAGUGUUCUUUACAUUGACAACACCAGUUGGAAUAGCCAUUGGGAUAGGGAUUAGCAAGGCAUAUAAGGAGAACAGCCCAAGAGCACUGAUUGUGGAAGGGGUCAUGAACGCAGCAUCUUCCGGGAUAUUAAUUUACAUGUCUCUCGUGGACCUGCUCGCAGCAGAUUUCAUCAACUCAAGAGUCCAACAAAGUGGCCGGCUUCAGUUUGGAGCUUAUACUUCUCUUCUACUUGGAGCUGCUUGCAUGUCUAUUCUAGCUAAAUGGGCUUAAACACCUCCAUCUUUUUCGUUUUUGUUUAAUGCCAACUGCAUCCAAUAGGAACAAUUUCAAAAAAUUAAUACAACAAAAUGCUUUCAUUUAAUUAGGAUUACGGUAGUUUUGUUGUGGAUUAAUUGACAAGUCUUGUUCUUGGGUUACCCUGCUUGCAUUGUAUGUCUUAAAACCCAUACUCCCCAGUCCCCAGUCCCCAGGCCCCAGCCAUAUAUCGCUUUCUUUCCCGUGGGCCACUGUUCCAUUCCAUUUCGUCUUUGUUGUUAGACUAAAAGGUAGUCUAGCUAUAGCAAUAAAUUUACAAUCAUGUCAAAUCAACUAUUAAAAUUAAUUAUUAAUAUAAAAUAG